GAUCCAGGCACAGUCAGUUUGCUCUAAGAUCAACACCAGAGCUUACAGACAGGGACAGUGUUUUAAUGAGAAAUCUAAUAUCAGAGUGCAGUGAAAGGGAUAGUGUGCAGGAAGAAGAAUAGUGUACAAGAAGAUAAAGAAUAGUGUACAAGAAGAUAAAGAAUAGUGCACAGGAAGAGGAAUAGUGUACAGGAAGAGGAAUAGUGUACAGGGAGAAGGAUAGUGUACAAGAAGAGGAAUAGUGUACAGGGAAAGGAAUAGUGCACCAGAGUGCAGCAAGAGGGACAGAGCUUAAGCAAGAGGAAUAGUGAGGCUGGGGAGUAUGAGUAUGUAGGAGAGAGAGUACACUGUAAGGCCCAGAGUACCACACUCCACCAUGGAUCACAUAAGGGUGUACUUGGUGGUAUGGCUGGCACUCAUCGGAGGAGGGAUGACCCAGCACAACCUGGCCCCGCCGCCACCUGCCUCCCCCCCACACAAUGAUUAUCCAUUCAACAUCGUCGAAGUGGACUCUAGUGACUUAGGAGCACCUGUGGUCCCUGCCAGCGAGGACACACAAGCCUCUGUCAGCGGUGUUAAACAGUCUCCUGGUGUGGACGACGUUGGCGAAUCAGUUCACAAUGACAUUAGUAAAAGUGACAGCGGUGGCAGUGACAGCGACAACAGUGGUGGCAGUCACAGCGACAACAGCAGAAACAGUGACAGUAGCAGGACAGACGUGAAGGAAGUGGAGGUAGUGCCAACAGACAGACAAGUGGGUCAGAAAGCAGAGGGUCAACCAAGCACAUCUUUUGGGCCAGUGUCAUCACCAUUCUUUUUCAUGUGUCAGUACCCAAGAGCCGGGGAGCCCUCGGCCGCCAACCACCAAGAUGUCACCCUCAAGGUCCAGUUCACCGGCAAGAAAACUCCUGACAACGGCUACCAACCCCUCGCUGUGUAUGAAGUGCUGGUGAUGGCCAAUGUGUUGUUCGAUGGGUUCCUCAUAACAGGAGUUCAUGCCCUCACCAAACAACUAACUCAAGCCAACUACCUCACUCUGCCCGCCUCCAUCCAUGGAGGUGCGACAGAGGGCCUGGUGUGCUCGGUGCUACACUCGCACAUCUCCGCCAAGCCUCGUACAACGCUCUCCUUCCUCUGGAUGGCCCCGCCCUCUGGCACCGGCUGUGUUUCCUUCCUUGCACAAGGGUCGUUAAGGAACCAGAUCCUGUUUAAGGAUCUGAGCGUCUUGGAGGUGUGUGAGAAAGAUGAGUCUCCAGAUCAGCUGCAGCAACAGAGGUCAAGGUUCACGGGGGUCAACCAACAUGGGUAUAUCUUCAGGGAUGACUUUGAAGACCACCAACUUGACCAAAACAUCUGGAGUAAGGUACAAGGAGGGAGUGUGGGGCGAGGUGUAGGUAAGAUCAUCCACGGGGCAGCCCUCUCCUUCACCCAACCCCAAGCUCAGGUCCACACCUUCCCCAUGGAUCUUUCUCACGCUCGACAGCUUCAGUUCGCUCUGGGCAGCGGUGAUUGCUCUGAGGGCCUUGAGAUCCAGCUUGUCUACGGUAGAGCCCUACAAGAGGAUCAGCUCCUACAAUCCUCACCUCAGAAGUACCGCACCCACGGGCCUGUCGUCAGUGCUUACAACCUAGUGGAAGCAGACAGCAGUAUAGGUGAAGGGAGCGGGGAAGAGGGGAGUCCAUUAUCAGCUUAUCAGUCUGAUCAAACCUCUGCCUCAGCUGCUGCCGAAUAUGUAUUGAGUGAGGAGUGUACAUCCUGGGAAGUGAUCCAUACUUAUAGAGCUGAGUCAUCCAGUGAGGUCCACAUCCAUACAGUCCCAGAGAGGUACCGUGGACCAGGGGUGUGUGUGGGGUGGCAAACUGUCCCCAGUGACCCCAGGGACCUCAACAACACAUGCUGGGGCCUGGAUAAUGUAGCCCUCACCACCAACGAUGCUUCACAACACCCGGUCAUUGACGACUUUGAUCCUGUUGAUCCAACCAAUUGGAUGUUCUUCCCUGGAGCAAAGGUUAAGGAGUGGUGCGGGUCAGAGGGGAACAGCCUGGUGUUUGAGGGUGGUGGAGGCAACAGCUGGACCACCACUCGCCUCCUGGACCUACGAGUCACGCCACCUGACCAAGACAUCAUCCUGGGUCAUCACUUCCUGCACUCACCUCCUGGCGGGUGGCAGGUGAAGGCAGCGAUGGUGAAGAGUUGUGCAGGUCAUCAGAAACUCGUGUUCUCUGGUGAGGGCGUCCGCAGGCUGUGUACCCCCUACCUUGAUGCCAGGCAUGUGGGUAUUGUGAGCGUGGCAGCACAGUUGGGGGAGUGUCACAGCGAGCAUAGCGGACAGGUGAGUGUGAUGGUGUACAGUGAGCGAGGUGACAACCAGGCUGUCAUGGGAGAAGAGGUCCUCACCUGGAGUCUUCAGGAGUACACCCUCCCUGUCCCACCACACCUUCAACUACAACACACUAGGUUCUGUGUGGAGCAGACAGGCACGGGGAAGAAUGACUCUGACGUGUGGGUGCUGGACUACCUGCGGCUACUGCCAUGGCUGCCAUCCGACCCACAACACUUCUUCCAGGCACGAGUGAACCUGGAGUGUGGUGGAGGCAUGAGUGAGGUGGACGUGGAGACCAGCUCUGACGGUGGUACCUCCUGGACGUCCCUCCACCGCCGCUGUCUCCCAGGAGCCUGCCAGGGAGCCCACUCAGCCCUCACCUCUGCCCUCAUGCCAGACCAAAUCGACAGAUGGGGUCUGGUGACACUGCCUCUACCUUACGUCUCCCUCACACCCAACACUCGUCUGCGGGUGCGUCAGCUGGAGGACAACGAGUCUGUGAGACCCAAGUGGUGGGCACUGGACAAUGUUUACAUCGGCAGGUGUCCUCGGGGGUGUAACGGGCGGGGCCUCUGCCAACCUACAGGACACUGCAAGUGUGAGUAUGGGUACAGUGGGGCAGAGUGCGGGGACCCAGACCGUGACAAUCCCGUCUAUGUGUCUGAACCCUUCACCACCACCAUCAUCAACAGUGCCAACAUCCUGAAGAUGAAUGGUGGAAGGAGCAGCUUCAGGUGUGGGGUAGUGGGUACGGGCACAGCAGCAGUGUUCAGUGGCCGUGGUACUCGUUCACUCACCACCGUCGACGUCAACACCACACACGCUCAUUUCCUCCAGUUCAACUAUGUCGCUGGCACCUACAGUGAUGUAGGUAAGUGUCCAGGCCCAGAUGAGGACAGCGAGAGCGUGUAUGUCCACUACUCCUGCGAUGGUGGAGUGACGUGGCACCUCCUCCACACCCUCCACGCCAGGCACCACAAGGAACCAAGCCACAUCUCGCUGGAGCUGGGAGGUGGGGCGCGGGGCUCUGGCUGUAGGUUCAAGGUGUGGCAGGAAAGACACUCAGGAGCGGGACGGGACAUCUGGGCCCUCGAUGAUCUCACAGUCACCUCCAAGAUCUUCAACAGCAUCCAGCUUGACUUCAGUGAUCCAGCUGCUACCAAUAACUCCCUCAGGUUCCACCUUGGGGAGAUGGGUGAGGACAUCUGUGGCCACGACUCUGCCCUGGUCUUCUGGGACAUCAUUGCCAGUGGCACUUCCCGCUUUGUGGAGACAAAGUCCAUAGGUGUUGGCCCCUCCUACAUGAUCCAGUUUGACCUGGCCAUUGCCUGUGGAGACACACAACAGCAACAGGAAGAAUCCCUCAACAAGGUGGUGCUGGAAUACUCAGUGAACCAUGGGAUCACCUGGCAGCUGGUUCACAGGCCAUGCUCACCCUCCACCCCCGGAUGUCAGUCGCACUUCACCCGCGGCACUGUUUACCACUCCUCGGAGUUCAACCAUUGGAAGAGAGUGACACUCAGGUUGCCUCAACACACCUGGUCACCAACAACGAGACUACGGCUUCGCCAGACAGAGGAGAGUGAAGUGGGGGAGUCGUGGGCAGUGGACAACCUGUACAUUGGCAGACAGUGUCCAGGCUUGUGUUCUGGUCACGGCCACUGUACACUUGAGGGUUGUAGCUGUGAUGACAACUUCCAUGGCCACAAGUGUCUCCCCCUCCACAAGCUCCACCACCAGAUUGAUGCCACCUUUGAUGACGGUGAUGACAUAGCCAAGUACAGCUUCCAGGUUACAGGUGGCUCCCUAGUGACGCAGGAUGACGGCUGUGGUAACAUCGUGAGCGGCAGGAGCUUGUACUUCGGUGCUCCCGGUGUACGUCAGUGGGAGAGCGAUGACUUGAAUGCGGAGGACCUGGAGAGCAUCCAGUUCACACUAGUGGUGGGGAGCGGCGUUGGGAGCGGUUGUGUCCCCGCUGAUCAGGAGAAGACCCUAAGUGCUGGUAGUGUCGUCCUUGAAUACUCCACUGAUGGUGGCAUCACCUGGUCCCUCCUGCAGGAGCUCCUUCCCUCACAGUACAGGAUGCCCAGGUUAUUCCGUGCCAAGCUGGAGAAGGAGGUUGUGGAGAGUGAUUCUGGGGUGGUGAGGUUUAGACUGUGGCAGCCGACCCACAGUGAGAAGAACCAGUGGGCGCUGGACGACCUGAGGAUCAGCCCAGGUGUACAAAUGAACUCCAUCCAGGCAGAUUUCUCACCAAACUCAGCGAUGGCAUCACCGUGGCUGAGUGUGACCAGUAACCACCAUACCCAGUACUGCAACGAGGACGACACAGCCCAGGUUAUGGACGGCACUGAACCUGUACGUCAGGCUGUCACCAACCCCCUGUCUCUCUCCCAGGGGGAUGUCAUCUCCUUCCAGAUUAGCGUAGGAUGUAGCGAGACAGUGCUGAAGGAGGGGGGAGGUGGACAUCCAGUGCUCCUUCAGUAUUCCAAGGAUGGGGGUGUGACAUGGGCCCUGGUGGAUGAUGGGUGUCCCUCAUCAGCCCUACAUUGUCAGGGGCCCAGGGAGCCAAGUGUGUACCGCCCUGACCACCAUGGACCAUGGGCCCGUAUUCUCAUUCCUGUAGACCACAGGCUGGCCCAGGGAUCAGUACAGCUGCGGUGGGUGCAGGCCAACCCCGGGGAGACUACGACAGGAGAGUUUGCCCUGCGAGAACUGUACAUAGGGCCACCCUGCCCAUAUGCCUGCCAUGGACAUGGCAUCUGCACUGCAGCAGGCUUGUGCAAGUGUGAUAAAGGCUAUAAUGGGACUUACUGUGGGAGGCUCCCUAGGAAGAAUCUUCAGUGGAUGCACGACAACUUCAACGAGGGUAAUGUGUCCUCCAUGUGGGGUCGGAUAGAGGGAGGGGCUGUUUCACUGGGCUGUGGUCCUCACCAUACUGGCAAUGCUCUCCUCUUCUCUGCUGCUGGACCCCGCUUUGCUACCACCAAACCCUUGGAUACCAGAUACAUCAAGUACCUGGUAUUCAACCUGCAGAUCGGGUCGUCUGAAGGGGCUGGGGGCCGCUGCCAGCUGGGUCAGGUCCCUCAGGACAAUGUCCUUCUCCAGUAUUCCACCGACAAUGCCCAGACUUGGUCAGCCUUGCAGCAGUUUGAGCCAACCCAGACCACUAACAGGAAGGAGGCUUUCUUCAUCCCGCUGCCCACGAAGGCCCGCACACGACAGACUCGUUUCCGCUGGUGGCAAGGCUACAAUGACAUGUUGUUGGGGGAUGACCCGUCCCAGGAGGAGCGGGCUGAGUGGCAUCUGGACAACGUGAUGGUGUUGGCCAAUGAGACGCUGCCUCUCACCUUGUUUGAUGCUUUUGAUGGUAACAGGUCGAUUGCCUCCCCCUGGUUCCUCAAGUCCGGGGCCUCCCUCACUCCAGGCUGUGGCAGAGAUGAUGAGGUCCUCCUCUUCUCUGGUCCUCAAGUGCCUAAAUAUGCAGAGACAUGGGACCUCCAGGCCUCUGAGUCAACGAUGAUCCAAUUUGACAUCAAGGUUGGCUGUAGUGAAGAAGGAGUAUCACCAUCUACUAAGGUGGAGCUCCAGUACUCCACCGACCAUGGCAAGACGUGGAAGUUGGUGCACCAGCUGUGUGCCCCUCCCCAGGUAGAGUGUGAUGCCUUCCACCUGCCCACCACCUACACUGCCGCCGUCACCCCUGGCUGGACCCGGGUCACCACCACUUUACCUAAGAUUACUGUAGGUGAGAGUACACGGCUGCGGGUGGUGGAGGCACCAGAGGAUGUGGCAGGCAAGGGAGGAGGUAGAGGAAGAGGAGGAACAUCAAGGGGUGAUUCCUGGGCCAUUGAUAACCUCUUCGUGGGUGACGCCUGUCCCUGGAUGUGCUCCGGUCAUGGCUACUGCUACAACAACAGCUGCCGGUGUGAUGAGGGUUACUUUGGACCUUACUGUGUGCCAGCAGAGGUCCUUCCCUGUGAGCUACUGGACACCUUCAGCCAGCCAGACCUGCAGCCCUCACUCUGGCGACACUCCCACGGCUCUGAGGUCACCAAGAGGUGUGGGGUCCUCGUCUCCGACACUGCUCUAGUCUUCUUCAAGGAUGGGUUGAGGAUGGCUACCACCAUUGACCUGGACAUGACAGCGGGUCAGUUCCUGCAGUUCCACAUCCGUCUGGGCUGUGACAAGGCAUCAGGGGGGCGUGGAAAGAGGAGUGUGACAGCCCUGGAGAGUGUUGGGCCCCUGCUGGUGGAAGAACAACCCUCCAGGAAAUAUGGCAUACUGGUCCAGUACUCCACUAAUGGAGGAAUAACCUGGAGGCUUCUGAAGGAGAUGCACUACAUGACACACCCAGACCCAGUGUUUGUAUCCAUCGCCUUAGUGGACUUCCCCAUGUCCCUCACUAAUGCCACUAGGUUCAGGGUAUGGCAGCCUCACCAUGGUGGCACUAUGACCCACACUUGGGCUAUAGACAACAUGUUCAUUGGUGGGAUGCCCAUCUGGCCCAAUGUACUCUAUGAUGACUUCAACAAGCUCUCCCCUAUGGCUGAUGCUUGGAUUGACUGGCCUGCAGGUGAAACUGGCUACACGUGUGAGAAGCAUGAUUCAGACACCAGGCUGGUGUUUGACGUCCAGGAGGGCCAGCAUGCCCUCUACACCCGAGACCUUCAUGUUGAUAGUAACUCUGUCAUACAGUUUGAUCUUAAGGUAGGGUGCGGGGAGGUGACGGGCAGGGAGCACAAUGUGAGUCUGCAGUACAGUAGUGACUACGGAGCGACAUGGCAGACACUACGGCCACUGCCCACCCUCCCGUCCUCUAGUCCAGACUGCCUUCAUGAGCUACGGACGCCCACCAUCUUCUACCCGAACAGUGAACGUCAGUGGACCAGGGUGGUCGUCCCUCUCAAAGGUCUCCGGAUUUGUGGGGUAGCAAGGUUCCGGUGGUGGCAAGGUUACUACCGUGCUCGCGAGUCAUCAGCCACCUGGGGUGUGGACAACGUGUACAUUGGCCCAGCGUGUGUCCACCACUGUGGCGGCCAUGGCUACUGCCUCAAUGGUGUCCACUGUGUGUGUGAUGACGGCUACGAUGGUGAUGAGUCUUGUCGACUUACAAAAGAAAAUCAACAGACGCUUCGUGAAGACUUUGAGAAGGGAGUCCCAGGUAAGCAGUUUAUCAAGUGGUCUGGGGCAGAGGUGUCGAGGUUCUGUGGGGUGGUGACCGGGGAGGCCCUAGUCUUCUCCCAGCAAGGUGAAAGGAUGUUGGUCACAGCUGAUCUUGACCUCUCCCAUGGCAGCGUGGUACAGUUCUACAUUCGCUUCGGGUGUACAAUAGAGGACGCAGUACUUAGGGAUGGACCCGUACUCCUCCAGUACUCUAGCGAUGGGGGCAUCUCCUGGACCCUUUUAGCUGAGUUGAGCCCUGAGUCUGGUCCCCCAGGGUCCAAGCCUCACACCCAGCAUCACACUCUGCCUCUCCCAGAUACCGCUAAGUCCAAUGCAACACGUCUCCGCUGGUGGCAGCCUUCUAAAGACGGCACCUUCACCUCUCAGUGGGCCAUAGACCAGAUUCAUGUAGGCAGUUCUGUGUUGGGCAUCCCAGCCUUCACUGAUAUAGACACAGGAGCUGGGUGGCUACUCAGACCUGGCUCAGUCAUGGAACCUGUGUGUGGUCAGGUCCACAAUUCUCUACACUUUACAAGUCGCGAUGGCUAUAGGUUUGCCGAGACGCCAGACAUUGUUAUGACGGAACACAGCUUCAUCCAGUUCACCGUCUCUCUGGGCUGUAAGGAUACCGGAGUCUGCUUCAAGGUGGAGGUAGAGUACUCCAUUGACCAGGGGGGGUCAUGGUGGCCUAUCAGAGACUCUUGCAUCCCCUCCGACCCAGACUGUACUGAAUACUGGCCCUCCUCCACCCUCACUUCUGACCUCUACACUGACCCAUCCCAGGUCAUGUUCCGUGCCCCACACAGGGUCAGGUCUGAGUUGACACGGGUGCGGUUCAUACAGCGUGAUGGGUGGAGACAACAACACUCGUGGUCACUGUCACAUGUGUAUGUGGGUGACGAGUGUUACCUACUGUGCUCGGGGAGAGGCUUCUGUGAUGCUGGUGUCUGCCACUGCAACAAGGGCUGGACAGGAGCGAGCUGUGAGGAGCCAUUGAGCCACCUGGCAGAAUACAUCGUGGCAGACUUUAGCAGUGAUGGCUGGAUGGCAGACUGGAGGAAGGUGGUGGGUGGCCAGGUCACUGAACACUGUGGACCCAUCGCCUCUGGUCAGGCCCUACACUUCCUUGGGGGAUGUAGCAGGUACCUAGAGACAGUGGACCUGGACCUGCAGGAGGCACUCUUUGUGCAGUUUGACCUACGGACAGGUUGUUUAGACCCUGUGAGUGGGAGGGAGGCAGGCGGGGACCACAGUAUCUUGGUGCAGGUCUCCUGUGAUGCUGGUAUCAUAUGGGUUACCCUCAGGAAGCUCCUACUUAUAUAUCACCAACCACAAUAUGUGUGGUUGGAACUACCAGAAGACCUGCGUUGUCUGGGAGGACGGGUGCGGUGGUGGCAGCCUGACAGUGGUGAACGAAACCGCUACGACUGGGCGAUGGAUGGAGUGGUGGUAGGUGGGAGUGUGACGCCCCCAGAGAACCUUACCUACACCCACCCACACCACCUGGCUCCGCCCCUGUGGCUACGACGCUACAAUGUUCGGGAAGACACUUACUGUGACCAUCACUUGGCUAUGCAUGUCAUGAUGUCAACCCCUUCUGAGCCAGCCAUCAUCCAGACCACAGACCUGCAGGUGGGGACGGACCAUGCUAUUAAUUUCCUCUUGGCACUGGGCUGUGGAGCCACCUGGGACAACACUGCCCAACCAGUCAGAUUGGAGUACUCAGUGGACUUCGGCAAUAGCUGGCGUUUGGUGAGAGAAAUGUGUUUGCCAGGGAACAGCAGCUGUACUGAGAUAGCUGAUGCUUCUGUCUUCUACGCUCCCCUCAAGUGGAACAGAUAUGUCUACCCUCUCAGUCAUAUAGGACCGGCCAAGUAUGUCAGGUUCCGGUGGGUGCAGGAACCAUCAUCAGAUGUGUCUGGUCGUCACCAAUGGUCACUGAGGGAUGUGUACAUCGGGCAGGCAUGUCCCCACCACUGUCUGGGUCGUGGGUCCUGUGUGGAGGGUCUGUGCCACUGUGAUCCUGGAUACGCUGGGCCUUACUGCCAGCACGUCACAAUGGACAAUGUGCCAUUCAUCAGGGACCAGUUCUCUGCUGGUGUGUUCCUGUCCCACUUUGUGCAGGUCCAGGGUGGCUUGUUGUCUGAGGGAUGUGGGGGUUUGGAAGAGCCGCCCACUGCCACCUUCCAGGGCCCCAACACCCGCACCCUACUCACCCGUCCAGUCGACACCCGCAGUGCCAAGUUUGUUCACUUCAUUGCCCAGAUAGGUAGUCCUCACAGCAGUGGAGUCUGUUCCACCCCAUCGCACAGGCUCCACAAUGUCUACCUCCAGUACUCCAUAGAUGCAGGGAUCCGUUGGCACCUGUUAAGGGAGCUGGACUAUAAGCUGUACACCUCACCCAACAAAGAGUACAUCUUGCUACCACCUCAUGCCAGGAGCCCUGCCACCACCUUUAGGUUUUGGCAGCCUCGACUGGCUUCUCCACCCCCUGCUUGGUCAAUAGACGACCUCUACAUAGGAGGCUCGGAGAUCAGUGCAGCUGAGCUCAUGGAUCAAUUUGAAGGAGAACCAACUGUGUCAGAGUGGCUGUUUGCACCUCAAAGUGAGAGCCUUCAGGACUACUGCUCGAGCGGCACUAACGGCUCGCUGGUGUGGGGAGCCAAUUCUCCUGGGCACCGUGCCAUCACCACCCAGGAGCUCAUCAUCCACGAUGGUCACAUUCUACAGUUCAAGGUGUCAGUUGGGUGUGGAGAAACCCAGGGAGAGUGUGGGGAGUUGCCUGGAGUGAGACUGGAGUAUAGCCGUGAUGGAGGGGUUACUGGCUGGGACCUCGUGAGGGACUCCUGCCUACCUGGGUCAUCCCCAGACCCUGACUGUCUGCCCUACACCUUUCACCCACAAUCAGUCUUCCACUCUGACACUCAUUCACACUGGCGAAGGAUCACCAUCCCUCUCCCUGAGAAGACCUGGGGCAGUACAACACAACUGAGGUGGGUGCAAGGGGUGCGUGGACCUGGUAGUAGGGUGACACCUUGGUCACUGGAUGAUGUGUACGUGGGUCACCCUUGCCCAGAACACUGCCAUGGCCGUGGAGACUGUGUCAAGGCUGCUUGCCACUGUGAUCCAGGAUACUUAGGAGAGUCAUGUGAGCCAGUACCAUCACGAGCCCAACCCUUGCCAACAAGCCUGGUGGAUGGGUUCGAGGGUGGAGUGCUCGCCAACUGGGCCCUGGUGUCUGGAGGAGGUGUUGGACUUGGAUGCAACUCCCUAGCUCCCUUUGGCCAUGGCAAACAUAUUUAUUUCUCUGGCUGUGGCACCCGCCAAGCCGUCACCAAGGAUCUUGACACUCGUACUGCAAGCAAACUGAUGUUUGUACUGAGGAUUGGGAGCCACGACCACACACCAUCUUGCCAUGUGGACUUAAGUGACCCACAGAGGGCCCUGGACAAGGGAGUCAUUCUCCAGUACUCCCCUGAUAAUGGCGUCACCUGGGCCACCAUCAACGUUCAUGACCCACUUGACUUUAGAAAGCCUCGUCGUGUGGCUUACACUUUACCACUGGAUGCGCGGCAGUAUGGUGUACAGCUACGGUGGUGGCAGCCAGACCACGAUGGGUUAGGCACUGAUCAAUGGGCCCUAGACAAUGUUGAAAUUGUUCUGGCCCAGAGGAAGGACACAAGCAAGUAUGAGCAAGCAACUAUCCAUGAAACUGAACUGUGAGGUGCAAGUGACCCAUCUGGUGGUCCACCCUCACAUCUGUGUUGGUCCAACCUCACCAGUUUUCUUUAUUAACUUGUAAAUAGAUUUGUUACUGUAAUCACAUAACUGAAAGUCAACGCCAGUAAAUACAACACUAACAGUUCUCUGCCGGCAUCUUUUACAGUAAUACAAUACAUAUUUGCACCAAACUCAUGCCUUACUAUUGCUGUUAUAACAUGAUAUAUCAUAUAUUGUGAGUGCUGCUGAAGAUUUUCACUGCUAGUGUGGACAAACACCUUAAAGAUGCAUAAAACAUAGUUGUAUUUAAAAUCCUGACACUGAUAUCAUCAAUAAUUGCUAUAAUAAUUCAUUUUAAAUGUUGCUUGACUAUACUGUACAUUACUUUGUAUAACUCUAAACUUAAACAAGACCACAAGUGCUCACAUAAGUUUUGGAGGAGAGAGAAAAGCUCUGUUCUUAAGCUUUUGUAAAUACUGUACUGUAAUUUAAAAUUUAUGCCAAAAGUGUUUUAGGCUAUUUAAAAUCAAAGUUCAAACAAAGUUUUAUCCAUUGUUUACAUACUUUUCACAAUAUAUCCAGUCUUCUAUAAAUAUAUUUUCACAAGUUUUAGUUUAAUUUAAUAAGUCAUAAACCAGUUGUUAGUAGUAACACAUCAGUAAUUACUAUAUAAAUAUAUCUAUAUUUAAGUGUUGACAAUUUUAAUAUUUAUAUUUUUUAUAAUGUUUAUUCAGUGUUGUGUAAAUGUACCUAUUAAAAUGAGAGUUUACGACAUACAAUACUGGAUAAUCUUCAGUUUCCUCCGAGAGAUAACGUGUUCUACCAGAUUAUAAUGACAACACUACUGUACUUUAAAUCUCUAAUACUGUACUGAAUUUACUAAUGUACAAUAAUUACAAUAUGCAAUACAAAAACAGUAUCUGACCUCUAAGUUACUGGCACGAGUAA